GGCGUGUCCACAGGUGAGCGACAGUCGAAGAGAACGCACAUUAUGACAACAGUUGUCUAAAUGCUGUCAUAAAUAAUAGCGGAGCGACUUGUAGUGUAAAAUGAUAUAAAAGAAGGGGACGUCAACCAUGGCGACUUUGGGAGUAUGCUGCGCCAACCUCAAAGACAGCAAAUCCCUGAUGAAGAUGGGCUUGAGUCUGGUGCUGGUGGGCCACGUCAAUUUCCUGCUCGGAGCUCUGGUGCACGGUGUUGUGCUCAGGCACACCACUUUGCACAUCGAGGCUCGCAUUAUGGUGUACGCCAUCGCUAAUGUCAUCGCCAUUGUGGCGGGCCUCAUGGGAAUUAUUGGAGGAAUAAUUGCCAUUGUCCUUUCUAAAAACAAGAAGAGCAGGAUUCUGAAGUGGGUCCUGUUGGUGUUCAGCUUCCUGGCUGGUCUUUUGGCCGUCGCCUCCACUUUGGGCCUGCUGGCUUCCGUAGUGACCGCUAUUCUUCAUAAAGGACAGAGCUUGAUGACACACUGCACUCAGCUCAAGAAUAAUGUUGAGUCUUCCAGCAUCACCUACGAAUGCCCCUUUGACCCUACCCGCAUCUAUAGCACCACAAUAAUCCUUUGGGUGCCGCUCAUCUUGACAUCCGUGUUGGAAAUGGUGUUCUCCUUCCGCUGCUUCGCUGCGUGUACGUCCUUCCUGUACCUGUGUCCAUGCAGACGAAGGCGGCCUUUGGCAAAGAGGGUCCGCAUCCAUAAGCAUGCUGUAAUUCCCCAAUCGCCUCCAUCUGAACAGCCGACCGAGCUCGAGACUGCAGCUGUGGAACAAGAUGAGCUGCUGGAUAGCGGCGCAGCAGCGGAGCAGAGCCACUGGCUGUGAGGACGUUAGGUUGGAAAGUACUGGACUCAUUACUACAUUUUGAGUGAUGACAUUUGUGGGACUUGAACUACCAACUGCAAUGUCUUACAUAUUUUUCUAUACAUGCAGUAGUUGUUUUUUUGUACUUGUUAAAGCACUGCUUUUUUACUAUACCUACCAUUUAUGUAUUAAAAUUGUUACAACAGAA